AUGGCCCCCGCCGCCGCCGAGCAGGAGCUGCUCCUCCACCUGAAGCUCGCCUUCCUCGCCCGGGAGCCCCCCGCCUGCGUCCUCUCCCUCGCCAGAAAAGCUGGGGGAGGUUCUGUCACGCCACACGUUCAAAAUUUUAUUUUGGAGAGUUGUACUGGCAAUAAUGCAGGGGGAGAUCAAAACUGUAGUUAUGUUACAACUAUUCUUAAAAGGAUUAUAGCAGAAGCUGAGUUAUCGUCAGAUAUUGUGAUUGAUGGACUUUAUGAGGAAUUUGGCCAGUUCAUGUCGUCAAAAUCAAAUAAUUCAUCCUUAAAUAGGACUGAGAAGAUCUAUAAAGAAAUAUCUUUUAUUUCUCCUACAAAUGACAAUAAACGAGUAAGCUUGGUUGCUCGAUUAUCAUGUUCUAUCAAUAUGCUCGAAGGUGAUACAGGGUGCUCUCUUUGGCCAUCAGGUUUAUUCCUAUCUGAGUUUAUUCUUUCAUACCCAAAAAUUUUCUCUAGGAAGUGUUGCUUUGAGCUAGGUUCUGGUGUUGGUUUGGUUGGUGUAUGUCUGAACUAUGUCAGCGCCUCCAAGGUUAUUCUUACUGAUGGUGAUGCAUCUACACUAGAAAACAUGAAAGGCAACAUGGAAAUGAAUAACUUAUGCGUUGAGCAGGAAGGUUCUCAACUUCCGGAAGAGAACAAGAAUAAGGUACAAUGCAAAUAUCUUUCAUGGGAAGAAACAUCUGAAAGCGAUCUAUGGGACUGCAGGCCAGACUUAGUCCUUGGUGCAGAUAUAAUAUAUGAUCCGGUCUGUGUGCCGCACCUUAUUAGAGUGCUUUCUAUGCUAUUGAGAAGGGGGAAUAAUCGAGGAACUAAUAAUGUCGCAAACAAAGAAGAAACCAGCAACGAAUUCAGUAGCGCUGCGACAGAAGUUCCUGUCGCCUACAUAGCCACAGUUAUUCGGAAUGCCGAGACAUUCAACUGUUUUGACAAAGCAGCUGCGGAUGCCAAGUUGUCUGUUGUCAACAUUACCAACAGUGAAGCUCCUUUGAGUCUUCUUCCUUAUAUGCUCUCAUAUGAUAGAUCAAGUGUACAGCUACUUAAAAUUACAUUAUUAUCCUAAGACACUGAUUGGAACUCCAGCAGAUCAUUUUUUUUAUAGUAGUUGACUGAUCAUAAAUUCGUUUUUGAAGUAAUCAGUUGACUAUGAUCAUAAAUUCGAAAUGGUAUCAAUGACAAUUAUCAACGUCGGAUGUA